AUGUCGAGGUCGCCGACAAAAGAAGUGGAUUUGGCGGCUUUCAAUUCUGCUGGGCAUAAAAAACGAUGGAAAAGACCUCAUUCAUUGGGUGAAGGUUAUCCGCGCUCUUCUAAACGCAAUUCGAUCCCGGGAAAAGGAAUUUUAAAGUCAUAUACAUCAUUCUCUCAGGAACUCAACUACACGGAGCAAAAUGACGCUGGGAUUCUCUCUACGGCAAACAAUCACACAGUUAUAGGUAUACCAAGCUCUGUUUUAGCCGCCUCGCAAGAAGAACAACGUCGGUCGUCGCGGAAAAGUUUAAAUCGACGUGUGUCUUUCGCAAGUCAUGCGCGAGUCCGGCUUUAUGAAAAAGCAAAUGACGGAGAGGACGAAUUAUCUUUAAAUAAGAAUGCAAUAACUGCUGAUGUAUCUGAAUCCAAGUCUGAACCUGACUCUGCUGUACCUAGCGUUAACAAUUUCAAUUCAAAAAGUGUCACACAGAAUUCCGGUCAAAAUAACAAAAAUCCAGCCGCUUUAGAACAGCCGUUGGAUGCGGAAGAAAGUGGAGAAUCUGACAUGGACAUUUCUCAAGGGUCUUUAUCACCAAUUCCUAUUGUCAAUCAAAACUCGCUUUCAGAAUCAAUUUUAAGUGCUUCUGAACAGAACAUAUCAAUUGUAAAUAUGGACCUUACUCUGAAUUUUUCGGAGAAUGCAGCUUCGAAUCCACCAGCAAGUCAAGAAGACAACGAAGAAGAAUCAGCUAUGAACCUUACACUUCCGGCGAAUUCCCUCUCUAUACCAUUUAACAAUCUUGAUUCUAAUCAAAAGCUUGCCAAAAGUGAUAUUGAUACCCAUUCCGAUGAGGAGGAUAUGCAAACAACCAGAGCAUUCAACGCGGCAUCUACAUUUUCCUCCAUUCAUCAUGACACACCUUCAGAUGAUUCAGUCGAGGAAAUGGACACAACGGUUGCUUUCAAUAAUUUUCCUGCUACUCCUUCCAAAGUUGGACGACUUGCAUUGAAGUCGCCUCCAUUCAAUAUUUCAGCUAAUUCUCGUGUUAAUGAAGGUUUAUGGAAGUCAGGCAAGGAGUUUAAUGUCUCAAGCCCUCCUUUAAACGAGGAACCUAUGGAUAUUACACAACCUUUCCCCCCAAAAAAUAUGUUCUCUGACGAUGAAAUGGAUCUUACUAGGCCAAUGAACAUAACCACACUUAGCGGCUCUCCUUUGCAAAAGGAUAUUGCUUCUGAGUCAGUUCCUUCUGACAAUUUAACUUUUGCCUCUUCUGCCUUAAGUGGUAGUGUAAUAAUGCCUUCUGAUACCAAUGAAGUGACGAUGGACCUAACAAGCAAUACAUUGACGUUGCAAAACACACCGUUGAUAGAUGUUCAACUGGAACGGACCGCUUUACAGCAAUUGCAGGAAAGUUCGCCUGAGCAACGUAAUUUGCCAGCCAGCGUAGAUGUUUUACACGAGGACAAAGAUAUGGAUAUAACGAAACCAUUUCAACAAGUUGAUACUCAAGCUACCUUGGAUGAUCAUAUGAUGUUGGAUGAACGGAUAGAAAGUAAUUCUUCUUUUAUAAAUGAGUCCUUCAAUCAGUUAUCUCCAAUUCCCUUUCAGUUUUCAAAAAAAGAGAGCCAAUCUGCUAAAAGCAUUGAUAAUAAAGAGUCUGAUACUCGAGUUAAUUCUCACUCGGCUCAUUGUGCAAGCAAUGAUUCUCAAGCUCACGGUAACGCUAAUCUGCGUCAUAAACGACAUAGUCUCAGCCUUGAUGAACUUAGCAUUUCUAGGAAUAAACGACUUUCAAAUGUUCGAAAUGCAAGAAAGUCAUUAUCCUCCUUGCAAGAUUCUGCCAUUGUUUCCUUAUUUCCAGGGAAGAAGUCACCGGGGGAACAUGUUGUAAGUCAAGGUACUAAAGAGAAUUCGUCAUCUGUAGUUUAUGCAGAUGUAGCUUACUCCGAUCCCUCAACAAAACUUCACGCUUCGGUCCUCGAUUCUCCUUCAUUUGGAAAGAACAAGACUGCGACUUUGAACUUGGAGGAAGUCGCGAACGCGUUAACCCCACUGUUGCAACAGGAUAACGAUUCUUCAUCGCAAAAUAAUUCGUCUCUACCGGUUGGCAUACAGACUCCUACAAAGGAGCAACCCUUGAAACUUAAUGAUGAGCAUCUGGAUGACGUUGAUACACACAGCGAUGAUAUACAGCACUCAAUUAUAGAUUUUCAAAGUGCUCCGACUGAAGUUUCUUUCAACAAUGCUCAAAAAAACGAAUCUGUUUCUACUAAUCAGUCAUUAGUUCUUCGGCAAAAUCAACAAUCAUCGCCAGAGCCAUCAAAACAAGGAUCGGGACUGGACAAACCUGAACUGGCACCUCUCUCUUUGGAGGAGUUUUUACAGAUGACGGGGAUUUCAUUUCUGGAUGACCUUGUUCAUUUGAAACCUCCUGCGUCACCCACUCUGAAAGAAGAACCACCUGCGCCGUUGUCUUUGGCUGACAGGCUGAAACAGUUUCUUGUUCAAUUUCCGUGUUCGGAACUCUAUAAAUUUGGAUGCCAAGAACUUAACAACUACAUUGUUGAAGGUCAAAACGUUGUCAAUAAGCUUUCUAAUGAGACGAAUGCACAAAACCCCUUACUCAUGUUUGAGUAUCGGCAGUCUAAUGCAUCUGUUAAGCAAACAAUGGAGUCACAGUUUCGUCUUUUAAAGUCGUACUCGCGUUUGCGUGCAAAAAGUGUAUGGUAUGAAUGGAGAAUGAGUCUACUACAAGGAAUUGAACGUGAACUUCGUUCCAAUAUGACUUUGUUACAGAAAAGCGAAGCAAGUCUCCUUCACGCUAAGUCAAUUGUUCAUCCAUAUGUUUUUGAAGUGAGUGAACGUCAUUCCAAAUUGCUGAACUCCGUCUCUCAGCUUAAACGUCAAAAAGAACUCGCGUCACAGUAUGAUAACGAAGCAGCUGUUGCGGCGGAAAACAAACUCGCUGAACUUGUACGAAAAAUUGAGCUUAAACGUACCACCUUGUUGGAGCAAGAGAAAUCACUAAAAAAGCUAAAGGCGGCAGCAGAGGCGAUCACGGAAAAGUCUUCUCAAUUACGCGUUACUAUUUCCAAUACCGAAAAAUUUUGUGAAACGCAUUCGUCCUUAAGUCGUGACGAACUUUCAGAAUACAAAAGACAGUUGGAAUUAUGGAAAUCGCGUUUGGGUUGGGAUAUAACUGGUAUAACUACCAAUGGGUUUACUUUGCGCUUGCUGUCUGAUUCGCCUUUCUCGCAAUUAUCCGUACUAGUGGGCUUUGGUUUAAGUUCUAUUAGCCUCGAAUGCAAACCUUGUCUUCGAUUGGAAAGUGAGCUUACUGAACCCCUUCUCGAUUAUUUUCUCGUUUUCUACCGUAAUUGUUCGCUGCCUAGGCAGUUAGCUAAACUACGAACUCAUCUCCGUUCUCUCAAGCAGUUUUGGACUAAUGUACAGCCAUUUAUUUUGGAUGUACACAGAUUAGUUUUUUUAUGGCCCAACAUCAAUUGUCAGAUGUUGGACAGGGCUUUACAACUUACUGUGCCUUUACUGUUGUUGCCAGAAAACUCUGCAAAGGUUGAAUUGACUCUUUUGUUUCCAACUAAGGUGGAUAAUAAUUUCAGUCUUUCUCUGCUGUAUAAUCAGGCUCAAACUUCUGUUCGUCUAUGCUACGGUUCGACUAUUGACACUGAACAGAUUUCACAAUCAGUGUACGAACAGUUGCAAGAUCCUUCCAACCCUUACCGUAUCUCCUCCGCCUGUCAAAAAAUUUGGGAACUGCACAAGCAGGCGUAA